AUGAAUUUCAGCAUCGAAACUGACCAUAAACCCGUUGUAUCGCUGCUUGGAGUAAAAGCAAUAUCGGAACUGCCUCCGAGGAUCCAACGCUUUAGAAUGCGACUAAUGCGUUACGAGUAUGAUAUCGGACACGUACCGGGAAAAUCCCUUCACACGGCCGAUGCUCUGUCGAGAGCACCCCUCUGUCAGGUUACAAAGGAGGAAGAGGAAUUCCAGUCAACAGUGGGGGCCUAUGUAGAUUCUGUAAUGGAAAGCCUUCCUGCGACUGAGACACGUCUGGACGACAUUCGCAGAUGUAUUCACGACGACAGUGUACUGAGCAUAAUCGUGGAAUAUUGUCUAAGCGGUUGGCCAGGGUUCGAAAACCCAGCCAUCAAUAUCGCGACGCGACCUUAUUGGCAAAUACGCGAGGAACUGACCGUAUGUCAAGGAUUACUAAUGCGCGGAACACGACUGAUAAUACCGACGACGCUUAGAGCAGAACUUCUCCAAAAGAUUCACGAGGGCCAUCAAGGUAUUGUAAAGUGUCGUGAACGAGCACGAAACUCAAUCUGGUGGCCAGGGAUAAAUCGUGAGAUUGAGAACUUGGUGACAAACUGCACAGUGUGUAUCAAAUACAGAUCGGAUCAUGCCGAGCCCUUAAGGCCAACAGAAUUUCCAGAGCGACCGUGGCAAAUGGUCGGCUCGGAUCUCUUUCACUUAAAGGACGCGAACUACUUACUUGUCGUGGAUUACUUCUCGAGAUAUGUCGAGAUCGCGAAACUGAAGUCGACCACGUCACAGGCCAUAGUGACCCAACUUCAGUCUAUCUUUGCGCGACACGGUAUCCCGGAAACCAUAGUUACGGAUAACGGUCCCCAGUAUCGAGUGCGAUAUUUAAGAAAUUCGCGACAGAAUGUGGGUUUCGCCAUAACCCCAGCAGUCCGUAUUACCCUCAAGGUAACGGUGAGGCUGAGAGAGCGGUCCAAAGUAUCAAGCGAGUGA